AUUGGAUCCGUUGAAAAUUUGCAUGGUACCGCCCUGAAAUGUGUAUGAUUCAACCGACCAACCAGCCAAUCAGUAUGGUUUCUGUGACGUCACGAACUCCCGUUUGACCCAUUCAAAGUGCAAAGGCCUAAUUUGUUUAUUUGGGUCAUCUUUUGUUGUAGCAUGCGACCCUAGCGUGACCCUAAUAACUGCAGCUGGUUACUUCCGGGUAGAGUCACAACAACAAACGUCCAACAUGGAAAAAAAAAACAUGGAGCAAAUCGCCCAGCAGCUCAAUGGCAGAUGGAAACAAGACCACUCUCAGAACGAGAACUACGACCUCUUUCUUCGUGACCUCGGUGUGCCGUGGUUUUUCCGUAAGCUGGUAACGUUGUUCAAGAUAAGCCCCGUGGAAGAGUACAUCUUCACCGGAGACCAGAUCACCUACCGACAAUACGCAAACCGGAACAGACCAUUUGAGAUGACUCUUACUGUUGGGCAACCGCCAGUAACCAUCACACCGGCAUCGGGGAUCAGCUUCCAGGCCCAGAUUUCCUGGGAUGAGUAUGGUCGACUGGUGACGCGAACCAGGAGAGCAAAUGGUGAAGCCGUCCAAACAGGUCGGAUUGACAGCAAAGGGGAUCUGGAGUUGACGACCCUUCUUCCAACUGGAAAAACCUGCCGACGAGUUUUGAAUAAGGUGCAGUGAUGGCAUACUAUCGCUAGGAGGUGGCGUCUAUUAAGAGAUACGCAGUGAUUUUUUAACAUUCUUGCUGUUUCCAUGUAUUAAAUGAAACUGAUGCUACUUAUAUAAUAAUAUAACAUAACUCCAUUUUUUAGCAAUUCUCUCUCUUGUAUGGAUAAGAUUUAACAUAUGCGUGAUAUAAUGUAAACAUGUCUAUAGUCUUCUGUAACGUUGUUAGUGUACAUUUCAUUCGGGCCGUACAUAGCACUGUUGCCUGAGUGGACCAAGAAGUCGUGAGUUCGAUUCCCAGGCUUUGACGCUCACCCCGCUUCUUGCAAGGGUUGCAGUCUUGUGGCCGUUGAAAAUUUUCGUUUUAACCAAUCAGCAUGGUCUCUGUGACGUCACGAACACACUCACUCCCGUGUGACCCAUUCAAAGUUCAAAGGUCAUACGGGGCCCGACGAAAAUACUCGGUAAGACCUUGCCGAUGGGAGCUGUCGUGUGAUUGGUUAAUAGUAACAGUGAUUGACAGUGUCUGUGCACGAUUUUCAAAAUCUUGUGUGAAAACUGCCAUAACUCAACCAUAGAUGUGUAAGUAUCAAUAUUGGUGAUGAGCAAAACACACACACCUGGACUAUUAUUAAGAUAAGAGUAUAAGAUACGAGUAUAAUAUCCGAAUACCUUUAUUCAAAGCAAAACUCCCGUUAGUGUCAAAGUAUCAGUACUAUUAUUCCUGAUCGCUACGUUCUACUAUCUUACAGAUGAGAUAGUUAACUUCCUACUUGCCAUUUAUGUUCACUUUUCUAUACUAUAUAUGUAUGUAGUUAUAGAACUUAGACGAGUAUUAUUGUAUUCAUGACUUAUUAC